GAGGGUAAGGGGAAAAAACCCUUUACCUCUUCUUUAUCUGUGGUUGCUGCCCUUACCAAGUGCCAACCAGCCUCUUGCAGGUGUAAACCACGGACAGAAUAUUGUGUCCACGUAGGGAAGAUGUGCGAUGUUACUGGACGGUCACUAGGUGGCGUCUCGCAGGGAAACGAACUUAACAUUUUCACACAACGAACAUCCCACCGACGACUUGAACGGGUAAUACUGUAUAAACUUUAUCAGGUUCCUUUAUAAGGAACAAGCGUUGUACGCUUUUAUAACGCACUCAUCAACGGCACACGUGCACACAUGUAUAUAUUGAAAACAGUUAACAUGCUUCAGGUCAGGUUUGCAUUUGCUUAAAGAGGAACUGAAAUGAGAAAGAUGUGUGAGAAGCAGAGGGCGGAAGGGCGGCCGUGCGCGUCAGCCCCUGGUGAGGUAUCGAGAUACAACGACGACGUUCGUUCCCUUUAGCAGGGUGGAUUGUAUGGUCAAGUGUUCAUCUGCUCUUGGACUUCAAUGACCGAUUCCAAAAUGGUGCCAUCGGACUUCACGGCAGUUGAGAAGAUAGAGAUGGAGAGCAUGAGAAUCUACAAGAAAGAUCUACUUGAGGACAUCCAGAAGCUAAAGUCAGAGAUAGACAACGUCAUGGCAGACAUCCUCAGCUUUGAGUCGUCAGAGGAGAGCAGGACUAUCGAGAAAGGAAAGAAGUUCUCCAACGGAAAGAAGAAGUUCAACAUGGACCCCAAAAAGGGAAUUAACUACAUGUUGGGCUGCCAGCUCCUGGAACCCGGAGCCAAAUCUAUCGCUGAGUUCCUCUACAGGGAGGAGGGGCUCAACAAGACCGCCAUCGGGGAGUUCCUGGGAGAAAGGGAGGAGCUCCACCUGCAGACCCUGAAGGCCUUCGUGGAGCUCCACCAGUUCUCCAACCUCAACCUGGUGCAAGCGCUCAGACAGUUCCUGUGGAGUUUCCGCCUGCCCGGUGAGGCCCAGAAGAUCGACCGCAUGAUGGAGGCCUUCGCCACGCGCUACUGCAACUGCAACGCUCCUGUCUUCCAGUCUACUGACACGUGCUACAUCCUGUCCUUCGCCAUCAUCAUGCUGAACACCAGCCUCCACAAUCCCAACGUCAAGGACAAGACCACGCUAGAGCGCUUCAUCUCCAUGAACCGGGGGAUCAACAACGGAGGGGACCUGCCUGUCCCACUGCUCACGAAACUGUAUGACAGCAUACGCAACGAGCCCUUCAAGAUCCCAGAAGACGAUGGCAAUGACCUCACUCACACCUUCUUCAACCCUGACCGCGAGGGCUGGCUUCUCAAGCUCGGAGGCCGCGUUAAGACGUGGAAGAGACGCUGGUUCAUCCUGACUGACAACUGCCUGUACUACUUUGAGUACACCGCUGAUAAAGAGCCCAGAGGCAUCAUUCCAUUGGAGAACCUGUGUGUCAAAGAAGUUCACUAUCCUCGCAAGCCUUACUGCCUGGAGAUGACCAACCCCAACAGCCGGGGCCAGAGGAUCAAGGCCUGCAAGACGGAGACGGACGGCCGGGUGGUUGAGGGGAAGCACCAGUCCUACACAAUCUGUGCUGCCAGCGCAGACGAGAGGGACUCCUGGAUAGAGGCCAUCAGAGCGAGCAUCACCAGGGAUCCCUUCUACGACCUGGUCUCCCUGCGCAAAAAGAAGAUCAUCAACCAAGGCAACCAAGACUGAGUGAAACCAGCGCCCCUGUGUGGAGGACAGGUGACACAGCGUAGCCCUCAAGGAGGAGGACUAACACGUACUCAGAGUGUAGACACUAGACAGGGCCCAGGAGGUGGACGGACCAGGUCAAUGGACGGAUGCUAUCUCUUGGUUCCCCAUAUUUGAGCGUGGACAGACUUAGCGUCACCGUCGACAACGUUCGAUUCUAUCUUCCCCAGGUGAUUUCAUCGUGGAAUUAGGAUGUGAUGCGCAGACAGAUUUAGGACAAAGACAACCAUUAUAGUCUAUUCUGUCGAGGGGAGAAACCUGUGUUUCAAUUUGCACUUACUCUGUAAUGGCUUACUUGACUAGACAAGCAUCUGGCCUCCUCUGGGGUGGUGUGUGACUAAACUAGAAAUAGACACACAGUCUCUCAGAUUGCUUCUGGAAACAAUCCGUCAAGGACCCAGAACAGACAGACAGACGGUUUCAAAUCAGUUCUGUUUAUGUCCCCUUCUUCUUGUUCUUCUACCCUUGUGAUAAAUGCAUUUAAUCAGUCGCUCACAAUUGUUGCUGGAGAUUCUAUGCGUUUCUCGAGUACAGUAACUUUGGAGGUUGGAAUUAAUUUACCUUCUCUGGAUCAUUACAGUGAAGGUGUGAAGUGAAAUGUAUUAUUGUUAUGACAACAGAGCUACUAGUAGUAAGACCAUGUGAUUCAGGUUUUUGCAUGAAUACAUGAUCAGAUGAUUGACUGAACUCUUUAAAGUGGUGAUAUUAUGCCACCAGGUGUAAGUGUGAUUAGCCAUUAAAAAACGUUAUUGUCAUGUCGCUAAAACAUCCGAAAGGGACGAUUUUUAAAUGGCUUGUAUUGGCUUAUCACACUCAAGCUUGUUGGCAUAAUACCACCCCUUUAAUUAGUAGACUUACAGCUUACUUAAUUGAAUAAGGUUGCAUUAUAAUUAUACUAAUUUUGUUUUGCACACUAGCUUAUAAACUUGUUUAUAACCAAUCAUAGCAAAUUAAGCAAUGUAAGCUUAUAAACCGCUUGUAAACUAUUGUUAGCUUUCAAAGCUUUCAAACAUACUAACAUUAUCUAGAUCCUCUUUUAGUUUUAAAUAAAUUGUACUCUGGGUAUACAGCAGACAUAUGCCUACACACUGAAACCAUUACCUUAUCACAGCCAUCUCAUACUUCCUCUUCACGAAAACUCCCACCAAAAACAGACACAAAAACAUGCAUGGGGUUGUUAUGUGUCCACCUAUUUGAUGUACAUUGUACUGUAUAUAUGGACGUGUAUGUAAAUGUUAAAACAAAUGUAUAAAUGUUUUUAAUGGUGUAUAAAAUGAAUGGGGAUGGGGAUCUCGGGAAACCUGCAAACAAAUUAGUUAACGGAAAAUAGGAAUUUGAAUAGCUUGAAUUUGCUGUGUAUUGUGUUUUUAUACAGUUUUGAUGUUGUAACCUGACUAGGAAAUUUGCAAAGCUAGUAAUAAAUUUCAUAUUUAUUUUGAUAUAUUUUUGACAAAACAUUUCAAUAACUUUUAGGUUAUUAGAUAGAAUCAUAUCAUAAACAAAUGCAUCUGUGUUGCUGCGCAUGUGAUCACUAAGGUAAACAGUGACGUGCAACACAUCACCGCAUGCAAGGGCUACGCUCUUGUCAUAUUUGCACAAGUAUAAUGUGCUACGUGGAACUAACGCCUGUGGUCACAUCAGUAGAGUAAAAUUAGUCUGUGCAUGGGUGCGCCUACGGCCCUUCUUCCUCCUGAUACUUUGACUUCCUGUUUCGGUGUUGUGACAGAAAGUUCUCCACCCAAACCAACACAAGGUUUGCUGUCAUCUCUUGGUGCGAUCAGUAUGCAGAGAGAAAUUUAAAAGAGAUGCUAAUCAGAAGCUCUUCCUCAACAGUUCUGGUGUUGUCCUCUUUUAACUCGGCCGGUUCGCUCAUGAACCAACACACACUAGACUAGAGUGAUGGGUGGCUAAUUAUAGAGAUGAUGGAUGUAUGAGCAGAACGAUAAGGAUAAAACCGAAGUGCAGUGGUUGGUUCUCAAAGUGUUGGGGGCGCCCUCUUCAGGGCUGUGAAUGAGCCUUACAGGGGGCCAGGGUUGGUUAUGGUUGAACAAAAUGAUAAUCGCUAGGAAAAAGGAGUUAAAUGUUGCGUGAUAAAACAAUACCCAAACAACCUUUUACUAGAAAUCCCCCUGUGUUGUUUAACCAGAAAA